UUGCACACGCAUUUCAAAAAUCUGUAUAAACGUACACAUUAUUAUUUAAGUAGAAGAAAAUGGAAGUUUUUACCUUUGAAAAAUCUUAUUUGGAGCGACUGAAGGAAGCAGAGGCGGUUCUUUCAUGGGAGGGAGCUGUAAUGCCCGCCUCCCAGGUUCGGUCCGAGUGGAAAUCUUAUGUAGAGCUGAAAAUUGAGCCUGCAGGCUGGCAGGCGAUUUGGAAAAUACCACGCGUUAUUUGCGAGGAUCUUAAACUACGCUAUCCUACCAUUGUUUACGGCUACGUGGAACAGGUAAUUUUUGACGAGCUAAAGGCCGUCUUCAUAGUCACCGCCGUACAGGACAACGAUGUACACCUGCCGGAGAGCAACGAGGUGUCCCUGGUGGAGCUGUGGCCCACAGUGAAGCAAGAGAACUCUGCUUUGAAUGUGGACACCACGGCGGAGUGCAUUGAUCGGUUGAGAUUUUUCUAUACGCAUGUGUGGAUGCCCUGGGAUAAGGACUAUGAUGAUGAUCGUGACUGGGUACAGCAGCAUCUGGAGGCUCGAAUCCAACUAGUCUGCGAUCUUAGCAAGAAUCGUCUACCACGUCCUCUGGCCUUGCACAUGCGCACCCUGCUUAACGAAGCCCAUUACAUCCAGCAGCGUUUGGACUUCCUGGAAUUAGAUCUCAGCGAUGCUGAGAGCGACGAUGAGGCCGUUGAGCUCAAUGACAAUGCCACGGAGCCGGCCAGGAAACAGCCUAAGACGGGAAGUGCCAAUGGCAGUCUCAAUGUUUCCACCCUGCCCGUGACAGAUCUGAUGUGCCUUCACCUUCGAAUGGCAAUCAUAAAGAGUGAGUUCGAAAUCCUUGAGAACCCUGAAAUGAGAAGGGCCUACAGUGAACUGCAGUCGAACAGCUUGAAGAGGCUUCGCAGCUUAUCUGGAAAAGCCAGGCAAACAGAGGACCUUUUGACAGAGCGCACUCCCAUUACCCAUGUGGUCACCAUGCCUGGAAAACUGCAGCAGCAGCUGGAUCUGUUGAAGCUGGCCCAGACGUUGGUCAAGCCGGAAACGCAGGUGCAGUUGUCUAAUACGCUCCAGGAUGUUUUGAGUAUCUGCCAGAGUAAUGACGACAUACUGCUAUCACCUGGCGAACAUACAAUCAAGUUUUUGGAGCACCUCAACGACAAUGGCAGCCUGAGUGGCCUGGUCCACCCGGAAACUAUACUAACUCCUGCUGUAGAUCUUUCUACACUGCCAGUGGUAUGUUCCAGUGAUGAGGAUAGCACUCUGCUAGUCAUUGAUGGGGACUACACCCUAUCCCAACUGGUCUUGGAUUGCCGUCACGUCCGUAGGGGCAUUCUAUUGCGAAAUGGCACCUUGACGAUGCGAGGGUGUCGGCUAUUGGGCGAUGGGAACUCGAGCACCCAGGAAGGUAUCGUCUGCAUGCCAGGCGCCAGUGUGGAACUUAAAAGUUGUCUGAUUGAAAACUUUGCUGUGGGGGUGUCAAUGCGAUCUCGAUCUAGCGCUGAGAUGGGAAGUGUCCAGUUUAAGAACUGCAUAACAGGAUUAGAGUUGCUAGAAAAAACAGCUUCGGUGAAUUUGCAGGGAAGCAAGUGCACCUUUGACACCUGUAAACUGGGCAUCUUGGCAGAUGGCUUAGCCUUCGAAAAGGGAAGAACGGAAAAGUCUCUGUUUCUAAAAGAAUUUAGCGAACUGCAACGGUACAAUGAGGAAAACAUACUUGGUAAUUGCUGCUUUAACAAUUGCAAGAGGAACGUACGCGUUUAUAACGAAUCUGAUCAGCUGCUGGCUCAGCGCUCGCAUCAGCGACUCCUUGAAGAGGAACUCGAGGGUGAGAACAAGGAGAACAUUCUAUUGGCCUAGGGAUAUUUUAUGCACUUUAACAAUUAAAUCUGUUAACUUUUAUAAGAAACUACUUGAUAAAUAAAUCUUAAGUAAGCUAA